AUGGCGGCGGACUCGGAGGUGCUGCACUUUCAGUUCGAGCAGCAGGGCGAUGCCGUGCUGCAGAAGAUGAACCUCCUGCGGCAGCAGAACCUCUUUUGCGACGUCUCCAUUUACAUCAACGACACAGAGUUCCAGGGGCACAAGGUGAUCUUCGCCGCCUGUUCCACCUUCAUGAGGGACCAGUUUCUGCUCAACCAGUCGAAGCAGGUGCGGAUCACUAUCCUGCAGAGCGCCGAGGUGGGCAGAAAGCUGCUGCUCUCCUGUUACACAGGCGCUCUGGAAGUCAAGAAAAAGGAGCUGCUGAAAUACCUCACAGCCGCGAGUUAUCUCCAGAUGGUUCACAUCGUGGAGAAGUGUACGGAAGCCUUGUCAAAGUACUUAGAAAUCGACGCCGCCAUGGAGAACGGAAAUCAUGUUGUGGAGAGGUGUCACUCCUCAGACGCCGAACUGAGAAACGGGGAUGAAGCUUUAGAUAAAGAUUGCGAAAUAAUUGAGAUCUCUGAAGACAGCCCAGUGAAUGUGGAAUACCCCGUGAAACAGGAGAAAGGAGACGUCUCCCAGCCUGAAGUGCAGACUGAAGUGCAGAGUUUGGUCUCAGAGAGGAAGGACACGAAAACUCCAGAAAUAUCAACAGUUGAAAUCGGAUAUAAAGAUGAUGAGAUCUGUAUCUUCAGAAUGGAUUCUGUGAACGUAGCCAACGUAGAAAAUGAUCAUUUUCCUCAGCCUUGCACAUCCUCUAAAACAAAUUUGUAUUUUCCAGAAACCCAACACUCCUUGAUAAAUUCUACAGUUGAAAGCAGAAACACAGAAAUGUCAGGAAAUCAUUUGCAAGCUUUUGUCAGUGACAAUCCAGAAGGAACUUCUAGUGUGAUGAAUGGGUUCCAAAGCCUGGAUGAUUACGGCAACUCAUGGCGGCACCAGUGUCCCAAGUGUCCAAGGGGAUUUCUGCAUCUUGAGAACUAUCUUAGACAUCUGAAAAUGCACAAACUCUUCUUGUGUUUGCAGUGUGGCAAAACAUUUACUCAAAAAAAAAAUCUCAACAGACACAUCCGGGGGCACAUGGGCAUCCGCCCAUUCCAGUGCAUGGUGUGCUUGAAGACCUUCACAGCCAAAAGUACACUUCAGGAUCACCUGAAUAUCCACAGCGGUGACAGGCCCUACAAGUGUCACUGCUGUGAUAUGGACUUUAAACACAAGUCUGCUCUUAAAAAGCAUUUAACUUCUGUUCAUGGAAGGAGUAAUAGUGAAAAAUCGAACCUGAACACUAUUACGAAAGUUAAAAUAGAUUAUGAUUAACAAAUGGGUAGUUGUGGAGCCAGACUCCACAAAAAGCUCCCGCCUAGUGAAAUUCUAGAUGAAAAUCUAGACAUAGAUCCCCGCAUAAUGGAGAGAAGCACAAAGAUGUGACUGGUGAUCAAAUGCAGGCCUUGUGAGUAGCAAACUUGCCUGCUGCAUUGAGGUUGCUAUUGCUGUAAGUGUGAAAAAGGUGUUUACUAAUUGAAAGUAAACUGCAAAAUAUGGGAAAUUAUGUCAUUCUUCUGUUACUCUGGACACAUUUCUGAUUUCCACCUCCUCCCCCAUUUAUGUUUUAUGUUCUCCUGUUUCAAGGGCAGGCACUGCUGGUUUUCAAACUAUUCCUGAUACUGCAAUAACCUGAAGCCUGAGCCAUGAUGUUCCUGAUCUGUAAUGGCUAAGAAAGGGGAUGUCUGUGUUUAUUUAAGGAGUCAGUAAUUCACAGCUAGUGCAAGUAUCAUUUAUGGUGAGAUUAUCUCCUUGCCCAAUUUUCAUACUCAAGCCUCUGAUAUUUAAGAAAAAACAACAAACAAAAAGCCAUCAAGGAAGCUUUCAGAUUGCUUAUAGCAAAUAGAGAAUUAGUAGAAAAGAAUGAAACAAAUGGUAUUGCCUUGCAGUUCAUUUUUAAGUGUACAGUCUCAUUGGAAGGACUUGCUUUGAGUUUUAUUGACUAAGUUCUGAAUUUUUCUAAAAUUCUUUCUUUUUUUUUCUGUCAUACCAGUGUUUUGCACCUGUAUCUGACUAAUUUGAAGUUAAUCCUGUUUGUUGAGUUGCAAUGUUUUUUUACAAAUCCUAGAUACAUUCAUAAAUGUGAGAAGUUAAGAUGUGUGCUGUUAGGUAAUGGCAGUUUUUAUGUUAAUUUGGAAAAACAAUCCUUUCUAUCUUACUUGGAACAGCUUAGACAUAGAAGUCUCCUCAUACUCUAAAUCUGUGAUACAGUAAACCAGUAACUAUGUGUGUUUGGAUAGGUGUGUUUGUACUUUGUCAAAGGUCAUUUCAGUUUCAUCACAAGCAUUGAAAGCCCUGUAACACAGAAUCUUUAUCCUGUACCUGUCUUUGACUGGUCUGUGUUUCUUCCACUUUAAGUGAUAUGAAUAAAGAAUCUACUCAGUUGUUGAUACGAGAUAAUGGUGCUUACAUUAGGUUCUCUCCAAAAGCUGUAGUUCUUUAUCCUGUCUGUAACUUUCGUUCAAGUUUCAGAAUUGCUGUUACGAAGUUUUUGCUC